UUUCAGUUGGUCGGAAAAUUCCGUGUAAAUUAGUUGAAGUCCGAUAUACUUUGCUCAUAAAAAAAUAUAAAGUAGGUACUCACUUAGUUCGCGAAUACUUCCGAAUGUAGGUGUGAGAAACUUUCAACGUUUAGUGUCAAGGUGAUAUUAAAAAUAAAAUUUGGCUCCGGAUAGCCUGUACCACAUAAACAAUCAUAAUAUAAACCAAAAUGACCGAGACGGAAAGAUAUGGAAGGGAAUAUUCCAGGCUCAGAAGAUUAACUAGCAACUUGGAUGUCCAGCGAUCCUGUAGCGAAUACGGCCUCUCGGAGGAGCAAGUGGCCGAGUUCAAAGAGGCCUUCAUGCUCUUCGACAAGGACGAAGACGGCACCGUCACCGUGGCGGAAUUGGGCGUGGUGAUGCGCUCCUUGGGCCAGCGCCCCACCGAGACCGAAUUGCGCGACAUGGUGGACGAAGUGGACAGCGACGGCAACGGCACCAUCGAGUUCAACGAGUUCCUGCAGAUGAUGGCCAGGAAGAUGAAAGACGGAGACGGGGAGGAGGAGCUGCGCGAGGCUUUCAGGGUUUUUGAUAAAAACAAUGACGGCCUGAUAUCGUCAACGGAACUGCGCCACGUGAUGACUAGCCUUGGUGAGCGGCUGACUGAAGAAGAAGUUGAUGAUAUGAUCAAGGAGGCUGAUCUGGAUGGAGAUGGCGAAGUGAAUUAUGAAGCUCCAGCACCAUUCACGACUCCAGAAGGUCCAGCAGCUCCGGCUCCAGUAACAACUCCUGACGGACCGAUAUCACCAGCAGGCCAUGGUUUGACUGCUACAGCGAUAGCUUUGCCUCCCCAUCCACCUACACCACCCCAUCCACCUGCACCACCCCAUCCACCAAGACCCAGUCCAUUGACACGGCCCAAUCCCAAUCCACCGAUGUUGCCCAAUCCACCUACUCCCACACCAACGGCUCCCAACUCCCCGAUGCCUCCCCAACCGCCAGCGUGGGCGCUGAUGGCGAAUGUGGCAAAGAGCGAUAUGUACUGAAAAACAAAAAACAUUUA